UUGAACUUUUAGCUUGUGAGAAAUGACUGCGUUUGUCCCCCUAUCACCUCUUUCUCUCUUCCCUUUCGCUGCACUCAUAUCAUAUCCCCCAUUGUUUUCUAAUCUCUAGGGUUCACCAUCCAGAUCUUUGUUUUUCUAUAAUUUCCUUUAUAUAAUCAUAUUAUUUUAAAUAAACAUUCAUUUUUUUUAUAAUUUUCUUGGUUUCUGUUGCUUCUGACUGUGUUUUUCUUUUCAUAAAUUGUAUAAUCCAUGGCGGGUUUAGAUUUAGGCACAGCUUCUCGUUAUAUUCAUCAUCAACUCCAUCGUGCUGACUUGCAACUUCCAACCAGUAACCACAACAGCAUCACCACCACCAGCUUUUCCUCCGAAAACUUUCAGCAUCAUGAGGAGGAUGACGGUGGGGAUAAUCAGGGUCUUGACCUCAUCUCUCCUAACUCAGGUGGUGGUGCUGGCGGUGGACCAGGCGACAUAGUUGGCCGGCGGCCGAGAGGUCGUCCACCUGGAUCAAAGAACAAGCCAAAGCCUCCGGUCAUUAUUACAAGAGAGAGUGCCAACACGCUCAGAGCUCAUAUAUUGGAAAUCAGCAACGGGUACGAUGUCUUUGAAUCUAUAGCAACGUAUGCAAGGCGGAGACAACGUGGGAUCUGCAUAUUAUCUGGAAGCGGCACCGUUACCAACGUCAGUCUCCGGCAGCCAUCAGCUCCGGGGUCAGUAAUAGCCCUCCAAGGUCGGUUUGAGAUCUUGUCUCUGUCGGGUUCUUUCUUGCCUCCGCCUGCACCACCAGGGGCCACCAGCCUUACCAUAUUCUUGGCCGGCGGACAGGGACAAGUGGUGGGUGGGAACGUGAUGGGAGAGUUGACCGCUGCUGGGCCAGUCAUCGUUAUCGCUUCAUCCUUUACAAAUGUCGCCUACGAGAGAUUACCACUGGAAGACGAAGAGUCGACGGCAGUUGAUGGGCUUCAGAUUCAGCCACCAUCUUCUCAAGCAGACGGCAACGGCGGUGGUGGAAUCAACAGCAACCACCCUUUUCCAGACCCGUCUUCUGGGCUACCGUUCUUCAACUUACCGUUGAGCAUGCCUCCAAAUGGUCAGUUACCUGUUGAUGGAUGGGGUGAAGGAAGCAGUUCAGGUGGACGAUCGAACAAUAAUAAUCCUUUCUGAUUUGGAUCGGAUGAUUGAGUGGCGGUUUGUUUAUUUUGGAUCUGGUUAAUUAGAUAGCUUCAUUUCGAUCAUAAACAAACAAAGGUCAGCAACCAUAUGCGCAACAAUUUAGUUAUAAUGUUCUUUUUUCUUCUCUUGUAAUAGUUGGGGUUUCCAUCUUCCAUCUUCCAUAUUUGUUUUUCUUUUUUUUCUUUUUUCUAUAUUUGGUUUUUUGUUUAACAUGUUUUCAUGGAACUAGCUUCUUUUCUUCGUCUCACUAGCUCUCACUCUCAUGAUAUCAUUAAUAUGGGAAUUCCAGAUUGUGUCGUGGUCGAUCUUUAUGACACUAAGACUUGCUGUUUCCUGAUGAUGAAACAUGAUGAAAUCAAGGUUUUUGGGCA